UCAUGAAGCUACUGUAAUCUUCCCCUAACAUAUAUAAUCUCAAACCUUUCUUCACCCUUGUUUGUAUUGUAGCUUACGAUUUUUACUUAUCCUAUCUUCUUCUCCUUCUACUUCUUCUUAGAUUUUUCCCGAGAAAGUUAGCUUUUUUUCUCUCUCUGUUCUUCAGAAAAAACUCUCUUUUUUUGUUUCUUUUGAUCGACUGUUUAGCGUGAUGUCUUCUGAAAACGAUUUCGCUGAGUUUUCUUCUAUGUUCGAGAGGAUGGUCGAAAGAGGAAGCGAUGGUCUCUCUCGAUUUUUACCGGUGAUUUUAGCUGUAGCCGCCGCAGAAGCUGGUGAGGGCGGCCAAGAGUCGACAGAUCGGACGACGAGACAGGCGGAGAUCGCCAUCGAUCCGUUGAACCCAAGAGUGGUGAUGAUCAGAUCGGGUCCUGGACUCGAAGAUUUCUUCAGCGGCGUUGAAAAACAGGGGAGAACGCCGGCGUCGAAAGCUUCGGUUCAGAGUAUGCCACGUGUCGUGAUUGGAGAGGAUAACGAGAUGGGAGGAAGCUCUUGCGCGAUUUGCUUGGAGGAGUGGUGCAAAGGUGACGUGGCGGCGGAGAUGCCGUGUAAGCACAAGUUUCACUCAAAGUGUGUGGAGGAGUGGUUGGGGAGGCACGCCACGUGUCCGAUGUGUAGGUACGAGAUGCCUGUUGAGGAAGUGAAACGAGAGAAGAAGGUUGGGAUUUGGAUUGGGAUCUCCAUUAACGGCAGCGAGAGAAGAGGUGAAGAAGAUGGAGGAAGAGGAAGACAAGGUGAUGACUCGAACCCACGAGAUGAAACAGAGUCUUAGGUUUAGCUUUGGUAGACGAAAGCUUUGUAUAGUUUUUUUUUUCGUUUUCUAAAAUCAAUUUCCAGAAUUCGUUGUAUUUUGUUACUGAAAUUGAAAUAAUUCAAGAACGUGAUUCAUUCU